AUGGCACCCACAGUAUACUCCGCUAAAUUGACACUCUCGUGUCCGCUCUUCGCUGCGGACUUUGACCCGCGCAACAACGGUCGACUCCUAUCUCUACUUGACACAUCGCAUCGAAAUGAUAUCACUGAAGUCGUCGAAUUGAACCUAUCAUGCGAUGAAGACUCGGUAACCUCGCUGGCUGCGGCCCCGCUGGCUAGCGACGAGGCGGGCUCGCUUGUUGCUCUGGCCGGUAUAAAUAGCUCUGUGGAGCAACAGAAAAAGAAUAACAAUCAACAUCUUCGCUCAUUCCGGUUUGAGGCCCCGCGGAAGACCACACAAAGCGCGGAAGACAGCGAGAAGGAUGAGGCGAAAAAGGACACCAAGUUUAAGGAAGAGGUUAUUCCCGGCAAGGCUAUAGCUUUGUCGCAAGCAUCACUCUUCCGAGGGAAGAACGGACCAGGUUCUUCAGAUACAUAUCAGCGAGUGACGAGACUCUCGCCGUGGCCGAAGGGGAAAAAUGGCACUGAGAAACACACACGGAUCGGAGCCGUUGCAACGGGUAUGGCACCGUCCGGUGAGAUUGUGUUCUUCCGCGUCACAGAGACGCCCAGCGAGAAGGAUAUCAUUGGUCGCAUCCAAUUAAGCGGCAAUGAAGAGGCCGAGGACCUGGACUUUGUCAAUCUCGAAGACGACUUGGGCAAGACCGAUGAUGCACACGGCCGGUUCCUUGUGGCAUAUACCACCGGCUCAGACGUCAUGGUUGGCGAGAUCUCCUCUAACAGCUCCCCCGAGGUCCGCUCCAUUUAUACUAUUCCUCUGCCCGCUAGUGGAGCUCGCACAGCACGUUCCAAGUUCCGCGCGCUACGAUUCCUCUCGUCUAGAACCCUGCUUCUCCUCCAAAAUGCUCCAAACCGCGGUGGUAGCGAGCUCGUCCUCCUUCAACUCCCUAAUGCCAAAUCGAGCAAGUCCAAAAUUCUACGACGUCGCAAGCUCCCUCGAACAAUGAAGAUCGGCCUAGGAAUCGAUAUCUGCCAACUUGGAACAAACCCGCAAGGCCAACAACAAACGGUUAUCGCAGCCAGCGGCAGCGACAAUUCCAUCCCUAUAUUUACCUUAGAAUAUGGACCAAACCGCGGCUACAGCACUUUCCGCCCCUACACAACCCUCCGCGACGUGCACCCAUUCUCAAUGACAAAACUCACCUUCUCCACCUUCAUCGCGCCGGCACACCCCGUAACCCCAGACGUCGGUCCGCAGAACAUAAAGCUCGCCUCCGUCAGUAUGGGCAACACAGUCGUCGUACACACAUUCCCACUAUCCCCCUUCCCAACCUCCUCCCGCACCCCACGCUACGUCCUCGUCACCCCAGGCCCCGCCGAAAUCUGGGAACUAGUAUACAGCAUCAUCAUCCUACUAUUCUCCAUAUCCGCAAUCUGCGUAGCAAUGCUUGCCUUCGCCGAGAUCCGCGGCGGUACCCCGCCUGUCCUCGGCGCGACAGAAUGGCUCCCAGACAGCAUCCGCGGAGCCAUCGCACGGGAAUACGUCAUACCCCCACGGGACAAGCUGACAUAUUUCGAUACACUUCUUGCGCCGCGCGCAAGCGGCAGUGAUACCGAUAUCCCAGUGGCGACCUUCGGCCCCACAGACUCGCAGAUUGAAUCCCUCCGCGAGAUCCUGGACCGCGUUCACCGCGCCGGUGCCGCACCCGCUGACCUGGAAACCAUCGCGCCGCAGUCCAUCUCUGUCAUCGUUCGGUGCGGUGAAGGGCAAGAUGCUGAGCAGAGUGUGAUUAUUGAGACUGCUGCUUCUCUGUCUGCGGACGAGUCCGAGCAGUUUGAGGAGGAGAUGCUGCAAGCUUGGGAGGAUCUGUCUGCGUCUGAGCAGAGUAUUUGGAAACAGAGGCUUGUGGAUGGGGGCCGUUGGACGGCUUCUGAGGGCGAGAGUGAUCUUGUUGGAGUCUUGUUUAGCAAGGUUUGUACGGUACAGUUGUGA